GCAGUGGUGUCUUUUCACGCUUCACAACCUUGUUCAGAGUGUUCAACCACCCAGAGAGCAAGGCAAAACUGUCCUGGACAGAGGGCCAGCUUAGCCUAUCAUGCUCCAGCUUGUAAAUGAAGCUUCCCAGGGAGUUCUUCAGCUCUGCCACUUGGCUCAGCAGUGCAUUUAAUGAUGCCUCAAGCUGCUCUCCCUCCGCAUUUUCUUUCAAUUCUGUGACCUACCAAGAAUCCUUAACCAGCAGCAAUGUCUAUUGCUUGUACUCACAGGGUCCCAAAAGAUACAAAAUGGAUCAAAAGCCAAGACACAGGACAGAGGUCGCAGCGCGGCGGGAGUUGAGCGCGCGGCCGGCUCCCCAGGAGCCGGGCAUGGAGUAUCAGGAUGCCAUGCGCAUGCUCAACACCCUGCAGACCAACGCCAGCUCGGAGCAGGCGAAGCGCCAACGGGGGGACCCCCAGACACAGCUGGAAGCCAUGGCGCUGUACCUGGCACGGAGCGGCCUGCAGGUGGAGGACCUCGACCGCCUGAACAUCAUCCACGUCACCGGGACCAAGGGGAAGGGCUCUAGCUGUGCCUUCACUGAACGCAUCCUCCGAAACUAUGGGCUGAAGACGGGCUUCUUUAGCUCCCCUCACCUGGUGCAGGUGCGCGAGCGGAUCUGCAUCAACGGGCAGCCCAUCAGCCACAAGCUCUUCACCAAGCACUUCUGGCGCCUCUACCAGCGGCUGGAAGAGACCAAGGAUGGCAGCUAUGUCUCCAUGCCUGCCUACUUCCGCUUCCUCACGCUCAUGGCCUUCCACGUGUUCCUCCAAGAGAAGGUGGACCUGGCCGUGGUGGAAGUGGGCAUCGGCGGGGCCUACGACUGCACCAACAUCACCAGGAAGCCGGUGGUGUGCGACCACACCAGCAUCCUGGGGGACACGAUGGAGAAGAUUGCCUGGCAGAAGGGGGGCAUCUUCAAGCGUGGUGUCCCGGCCUUCACUGUGCUGCAGCCGGACGGGCCCCUGGCGGUGCUGCGGGAUCGAGCCCAGCAGAUCUCGUGUCCUCUCUAUCUGUGCCUGCCGCUGGAAGCCUUGGAGGACGGCGGGCCGCCGCUGAGCCUGGGGCUGGAGGGGGAGCACCAGCGAUCCAAUGCUGCCUUGGCCUUGCAGCUGGCCUACUGCUGGCUGCAGCAGCAAGACCACCAGGAUGUCGGGGAGCUGAUGUUGUCCAGGCCCGGCGUCGUGCCGCAGCUGCCCCUGGCUCCCGCGUUCCAGCCCACAGCCCGCAUGCGCCAUGGGCUUUGGGACACGGAGUGGCUGGGCCGCACGCAGGUGUUGCGGCGGGGGCCCCUCACCUGGUACCUGGACGGUGCGCACACCACCAGCAGCGUGCAGGCCUGCGUGCGGUGGUUCCUCCUCGCGGCGCUGCGGCAACGGGAGAGGCAGAGCACUGGCCCUGAAGUGCGAGUGCUGUUCUUCAACUCCACCGGGGACCGGGACCCAGCGGCCCUGCUGAAGGUGCUGCAGCCCUGCCAAUUUGACUAUGCCGUCUUCUGCCCCAACCUGACCGAGGGGUCGCUCACCGGCGAUGCAGGUUUUGUGUCGUGUCCAGAAUUCUCUGGAAGAAUAUUCAACACGCAGUUCCAGCCCGCGGAUGGUUGUUAGAGCCGAGUCCUGGUUCUCACCCAGGUUUUUUUCUUUUGAACGAAGCAGAUAAAAGAGGCCAGUGGGCAGGGCAGAGCGCAGCUGCUGUCCUGGAAGAGGUCCCAGCCAGGAAGGUAUUGUUUGUGGGAGAUGUACAUUGUUACCAACUGCAUGGAGCUCAGAUUCUUUGCACCACAAUCAUCUGCUAUUUUAAUUCCAUUUUCCACAAACAUUUUGAGGGAUCCUUGUUCUAUAUCUGAGUUUUAAAAAAAACGCUUUUUUUUUUUUA